CUUGUCUUAGGUGGAACCCGUUCACUUCCGGGUCAUCUGUUCCAUUUCGCCCUCCCCCUCUCGUACGGCCACGCCGCAGGUGAAAGCCGGCGCGUCUUCGGCUACCUGGCAGCUUAGCCUUCCGUGCUUGUGGUUGAGUCCCCGUCUGGGAGAUGUUGCUGCGGGGUUGGCAAGGCAAUGGUGCCUCCGCAGGGUCGUUGACGGCGGGGUUGUUGCUGUUCCUGCACCUGAGUUGGGCGGUCCGCGCCUCAGAGAUCACCUUCGAAUUGCCUGAUAAUGCCAAGCAGUGCUUCUAUGAGGAGAUCGUGCAGGGCACCAAGUGUACCCUGGAAUUUCAGGUGAUUACUGGAGGACACUAUGAUGUUGAUUGCCGCUUAGAAGAUCCAGAUGGUAUUGUCCUAUAUAAAGAAAUGAAGAAACAGUAUGAUAGUUUUACUUUUACUGCAUCCAGAAAUGGAACAUACAAAUUUUGUUUCAGCAAUGAGUUUUCAACUUUCACACACAAAACAGUGUACUUCGACUUCCAAGUUGGAGAUGACCCACCUCUCUUUCCUAGUGAAAACAGAGUCACUGCGCUCACUCAGAUGGAGUCAGCAUGUGUUUCAAUUCAUGAAGCUCUAAAGUCUGUCAUUGAUUACCAGACACAUUUUCGGCUGAGGGAAGCACAAGGCCGCAGCAGAGCAGAAGACUUAAAUACACGAGUGGCUUAUUGGUCAAUAGGAGAAGCCAUCAUUCUACUUGUAGUUAGCAUUGGGCAGGUAUUUCUUCUCAAAAGCUUCUUCUCUGACAAAAGAACCACUACAACUCGUGUUGGAUCAUAACAAGCUUCAUAUCCACUGUUUGAAAAAUAUACUAUUAUUUGAAUGAUUUCUAGUUAAAGAACAAUUAAAUACAGGGAACAUUUUAAAAACCUUUAGCCUUCUCACUUCAAAGUUGUGAAAUUCAUACUCCCCAAAAGCUGUCACAGAAAAAAAGACAGCCUUUUAUUUGUUAUACAUUGGGGUUUUCUUUCAUAUCUGCUGAAAGAUCUAAUAGUUGCUAUUUUUUUAACAAAUGAGACUUACUUGUUAGUACAUAGUGCUUUAAGAAAAUCCUUUAAGUGGUGAAUUAAAAGAUUGUCCUUAUAAAAAAGAGAGUGCAGUCUAACCUUGCAAGUCUGGAAGUAUUGAAAUGAAAACAGAAACACAUAUAAUUAACAGUAGUCUCAAAGCCUUGUACUGCACUGUUUUGAGUGACUAUGGAAAUUCUAGGGUCUUGAAUAAUUUUUGUUGGUGUAUAUAUAUAUAUUAUUUUACUGUACCAAUUUUAGAUAGAAUCCUGGAAAAAAAAAUUCUGUGCAUUGAAAGAAGUCGGUCAUUGCAUUUUGCUUUUUAAAUUAAAUAAUGGGGAAAAUGCCUUCUAAUUCUUGAAGCUGAGUCUUAGAGUUCUGCUGUUGCUGCUACUUUGAAGAACUAAAUCAGUCAGCUUUGACAGAAACCAUCUAAAUUUUAACAAUAUGAAGUUUUCACUUUCACUUGAACUUGAUAGGACUAAGCAAAAAAUGCACUGGUUUAAGUAACUUUCAGCUAAAAGCUAGCCUCAUAGUCUCUUUAAUAUUAGGUCAGAGCUGUUCAACCAGAUGCCCUUUAGAUGUUUGGAACUAUAAUUCCCAUAAAUCUUAAAGAUGGUCAGUAAUCAUGGGAGUUACAGUCCCAGAGAUCUGGAGACCAACAUGUUGAAUAAGGUAGAAUUGCAUGGCCAUAAAUGGCUUGAGUGUUUUAGUCUAAAUAAUUGAUUUAUUAAGCAAUGUAUGCAAAUGUUGGGCAUGAUCAGAUGACUUCUGUGAAUAAAUUUGCUGAUUAAACAUUCUAAAUUGAUGGGGACAGCUUCUCAUGUGUGCUUACAGUUAUGUGUUGCCCUAUCCUAACUACUACCACUUUUGUGCUAAAAGGCCACUUUUUGAAGUAGCUUACAAGAUUUGGGGAAUGAGGGAUUUUGCUAUAUAAUUAGUAAUCGUUCUACUUACAUCUGCUUUCUAACAUCUCAAAUGUUUUUAUGGGUAUUUAAGAUUGCACACUGUUGUUUCAGGCUGCCAAAAAGAAAUAAACAUUACCACAGCAAUCAUACUCAUUGAAAGUAAGCCUCAUUCCUCUCAGUAAAAAUAGCAUUUUCUAAGUGGAUAACAAGGCUUGUCUGAGAGGAUGAAGAAAUUACUUGUAGUGGUUACAAACAUAUUAAGACGACUAAGCUUAAGAACUUACACUCACUAAAAUAAGAUGGAUAUUUCAUAGUACUUUUGUGCAGUUAAUUGACCCAUUUUUUCCCUGUUCCAUUGUAGAUUUUCUGUAAGCACACUUUACAUUUUUUUCUGUGUGAACUACCUUAUUGUGCUGUAAAAGGGAGGGAAAGAGGUACUUUAUCACUGAGUCUGGGUAUUUGAAGAUGUUAAAAAUGCCUAAUAUUUUCCCUUACUUUGUGGAUGUGGCUUUUUAGAAGAUAGAACAUUGAUGUGUUUAGAGAUGGGGAAUAUUCCAGUGCUGUAUUUGUUUGAAAUUCUGCAAUAAUAACUUGCUGUAGAAUGUGCUUGGUCUUUCACUUGAGCUUGCAGAAAAUAAAUGUAUUGAAUGUA